CAGGCAUACAGGAAGUAAACAAGCACCGCGAGGCCGUGUGGCCAUCGGAGAUCGCGUGACGGUGAGAAGCAGAUCUAAGGGGUUAAAGAGCACGCGAGCGGAUCUAUCAGAGUGAUCACACCUGAUCAGCUUCAACAACAAACUGACCUGCAGCGUCAAACCUUUACCUCCUCCUGCAGCUCUUCCUCCCAUCAUGAAAACUCCAUCAUCCGCUCAGAAGAAGAGGAGAUGGUCAGAGAAUGAGGACGAGUCUCCUGCUCCCGUCAACAUCAGCACUCCCGAGAGAGAGGAGAUCACUGAUUAUGAAGAACUGUUGGGCACACCCGCUUCUGCUGAAGAUGGACAGGUGAGCAGGAAAGAGAAGAAAAAGAAGAAGCGGAGAGAGGAGGAGGAGGUUUUCAAGUCUCCUUUUUCUCCUGCUGAAGAUGGACAGGUGAGCAGGAAAAAGAGAAAGAAGAUGAAUAUGAAGCAAGAGGAGGAGGAGUUCAGGUCUCCUUUUUCUCCUGCUGAAGAUGGACAGGUGAGCAGGAAGAAGAAGGAGAAACUGAUGCAGGAAAAGGAAGAGGAAACCGUCCAGGCAGGAAAGAAGAAGACGAAAGACAGGAGCACAGUGGAAGAAGUGACAUCACAGGAAAGCGAGAGUGACAAGACCAAACAAAAGAAGAAGAAACACAAGGCGAGUGUAACCACAGCAACAACACACUCAAACAGUGGAGAGACAGAUGUGUCAGUUUCUAUGGAGGCAGUCAACAGCAGGAUGAUGGUGGAGGGAAACGAUGAGAGUGUGGAGGAAGUGACAUCACAUAAUCGACAGCUAGGAGAGAAGGAGAAAGUAAAACUGGCAAAGAUUAAGAAAGGAGUGACAGAGAAAAACGGCAAGAAGAACAACGUGAAAGCAGCAGCUACUGAUGGGUUGGACUGCAAGUUGUUGGAGGAGCUUCAGGAAUUUAUUCCCGAUGUAAAGCAGAAAUCAGCUGAUCAGAUCACUAAACUGCUGCGAUACGACCUGGCACGCCUCAGGAUCUUCAAAAAGCAAGGUGUGUCUCUGCGGAUGGGGCGGUUCUCUCGGGAGGAAAACCAACAAAUCAUAAAAAAUGUGGCCGACUUCUUGUCUCUGACGGGCAUCGGCUCAGCAGAUCAGCUUCUGUUUCCUCAGAGGUUCAAAGACCAUGCGGAGCAGAUCAAAAAGCUGAAAGUACAACAUCGCUUUCUGGAGAACAUCGCUGAGGGGAUCGCUCGGACGUGUGAUCAGGUUUAUAUCAGAGCCAAGAAGAUUUUUGAUGUGACGAAUAGCAUGGGAAGGUUUUCCACGGAUGAGCUUCACUCUUUGAUAAAGUUACAGAAGCUCCACGGAAACAACUGGAAGACAAUAUCCGAGAAGAUGGACCGCAGCAUCUACGCUCUGCAGAAACGCUUCAACACCAUCACUUCAGGUCGCGGCUCCUGGACCGCAGAGGAAGCCUCCCGGUUGAAGCAGGCGGUCAGGGAUCACCUGGAGACUCAGCAGAGUCCUCCAGGUCUGACCAGAGACCAGCUGUGCAACAACCUGCCCUGGAAGAAGAUCAGCGAGCAGGUGGAGACCAGGUCCUGGGUCCAGUGUCGUCUCAAGUGGUUCUCCAUCCUGAAGCCUAAACUGUCCUCAAAGGGCAAAGUCUUCAACAGAGGCACCGAGGGAUACAUAGCUAAAAUCCACCUCAUCAACACGCUUUACGAGAUGCGUGUGGACGAUGCAGCAGACAUCAGCUGGGACGAGGUGGCUGAAGCUAUCGGGAAAGUGACCCCAGUGUGUGUUCAGAAGACGUUUUACAGACUGAAAGUUUCCAGAGUUCCCAACUGGACCCGUUUAUCGUACAGCGACAUCAUCGACUUCCUGAAGGCCAAUGUGGUUCCUGUCCUGGAGAAGAAACUGAAGAAGUGCCAGGAGGAGGAGGCGCAGGAAGAGGAGGCGGAGGGCUUUUAUCAGCUCUCUGACAUCUUCUCAGAGCACGAUGAUGACGUGGAAGUGGACAACAGCUGACCUGCAGCCAAUCAGGACACGGUGUCCCUUUGGACUGAAUCUUUUUUUAAAAAAUGUCGCUUCUAAAUCUGGACAAGAAAUUGAUUAAAAGAGACUUCUAUUUUGAAAAUACUGAAUAAUUGAUUAGCUAGCUAAUACUAUGUAAUAUUAAUAAAAUAAUUUCUCCUUUGGUACAUCUGCCUGAUCAGUAUCAUUGAUCACACAUUGCAGGUGGAGAGAAAUCAAUCACUGACCAGUAAUCAGUUAAAUU